AUGGAGGCACAAAAGUUGUGUGAAGCCAAUUUCUUGGUCGCCUGCCCAGCUGUCUACUGCAGUUUCAAGGAGAAAAUUUUCUUGGAAUGCGCAGUCAGUGCUCUAGGGAACAUGGAUUGGUCACCCGAAUCGUUCGACUGCCUGCAGAUCCCUUCAGAGACCAAGACGCUUCUCUUGUCAAUGGCGAAAACCCGCCUGGCACUGAUACCCACGCCACCGUUCGACGACGUGAUUGAUGGGAAAGGUCAAGGACUCAGCAUCCUUCUGGAUGGCCCACCUGGCGUCGGAAAGACGUUCACGGUUGAAGCAACCUCAGAAUAUUUCAAGCUGCCUCUCUAUUCGAUAUCCGCAGGCGAACUCGUCGUCGAUCACGGAGAUUCCAAUGCACUUGAGCAACAAACUUGA